AUCCGUCAGCAAGCCGCACUCUCUCAGGUUUUAAAAUAUUAUCUAUUUUUCCAGCGGCUUCUUUUCCUUCUUGUCUUUGUUGUUUGCACACUGGGGGGCGCAAUCGGAUAACCACUCUUUUAUCAUAUAUCCGACUGGCUGUCUACUCAGUCCGACGAGUCUUAGAACGGCCCGGAGGCGGCUUGAGUGCUGAGGAAGAGGAAGUUGCGAGAAGACAUCGGUGAAAGAUGUCGACCACGUUAGGCGCAUUCAUCGCUGGCGGCGUUGCAGCCUGCGGCGCAGUGACAGCAACCCAUCCCUUCGAGACAGUCAAGAUCCGCAUGCAAUUGCAGGGCGAGCUGCAAGGCAAGUCGCAACAACCUAAACUAUAUAAGGGUCCGAUCCACGGCGUCACCGUCAUCGUUCGAAAUGAGGGUCUCAGAGGAAUCUACCGCGGUAUCGGGGCUGCCUACAUAUACCAAGUCCUACUUAACGGCUGCCGUCUCGGUUUUUAUGAGCCCCUCCGUGCUACGGCGACGAAAGUUGUCUACGGCGACUCUACGGUGCAGUCCCUCGGGGUCAAUGUCUUCUCUGGCGCAUCCUCCGGCAUCCUUGGCGCCGCCGCGGGAAGCCCGUUUUUCCUUAUCAAGACGAGAUUGCAGAGCUUCUCGCCAAUGCGACCUGUCGGAACGCAGCAUAAAUAUAAGAAUGCGCUUGAUGGGUUCAGGAGCAUCUAUGGCACCGAAGGGUUGAAGGGCUUAUACCGCGGUGUAGGCGCCGCGAUGGUGAGGACGGGCUUUGGCAGCUCCGUGCAGCUGCCGACAUACUUCUUCGCGAAGCGGAGGUUAGUGAAACAUUUUGGCAUGGAAGAGGGACCCGCUCUGCAUCUCGCGAGUAGCACAGCGAGUGGGUUCGUCGUAUGCUGUGUAAUGCAUCCACCAGAUACUAUCAUGUCCCGAAUGUACAACCAGAACGGAAACCUCUACAAGGGUGUCUACGACUGUCUCUCGAAGACUGUGCGCACGGAGGGUCUCCUUGCCAUCUAUAAGGGUUACCUGCCGCACUUGGCGCGGAUUCUCCCACAUACAAUCUUGACUUUAUCUUUCGCCGAGCAGACGAAUAAGUGGAUGAUGAAACUAGAGAAGAAGAUAUUGCCAGCUGGUGCGAUAUGAGAGGACUUUGGAAGGCGAACCGGAGGAGCAGAGGACUGGAGUAAGGUACCGUCACUUGUAUAUAAUACCUUUUGGCGAGAUGGAAGUAAAUAAAGUUCGAGGUUAGAUCUCUUGUAUAAAGAAUUGAGAUAAAG